UUGUAUCACUGGUAUGAUAAAAGUAAACAAUUGUGUUGGAGUUUUGACAAUAAGCAGAUGAGAGUAAAAAAUUGUGUGUGUGGUGAAAGUAAACAGUUUGGAUACAUAUUGGUGUGGUGAAAGUAAACAGUUUGGAUACAUAUUGGUGUCUUGAAAGUAAAUAAUUAUUUUGAUGACAAUUUUUUUUUUUGCCAGUGGCAUAUAUUUAGCAGUUAGUUUAAUGGUUACUGGCAAAAAUUCCAGCUGCAUUCACAAACUGAAAAAAAAUAAAAAUUGACUAAUAUAAGAACAAAAUCCAGUCAUAAGGGUUGGACUGGGGGUGGCUGGCAGUAUUUAUGUUACUUACUCAGACAGUGGAUGGAUGCUAGUAGAUACAACUAGUCAGCCCGAUCUAUGCCACUCACCUAUAACAGCUACAAUUCUGUAAAAUCUCACUAAAAUGAGUGGAGAGAUGUUGGAAUAUUUUUAUGCCAUAAAGAUUAAGAUUAUGUUCAGGUUAAUAUGCUUUUUUUUGCCCUUACAAAAAUCUGCUUUAAUUUUCACAUUGCUUAAUAAAAGCCCUUUCGAUUGUCUAUUUUGACAUGUUUGCCAGAUUUCACUUUCUCUGAGGCCUUUCUCAUUCUGCAUGAAGGCCCAUGCACCCUCUAAUAUGACCAAGGCACUGGGCAUGAAGGCUUAUACACAUUCUAGUAUGACCAAGGCACUCUUCAUUUUGUUGAAACAGCAAAGGAACUUUACUGAUAUCUCCAAAAACAUUCUGAAACAGAAACAUAAAAAAAUAAACAGAGUUUCUGAGAAUUCCUUACACUGUUUUCUUAUUUUUACAGGCUUUUGGUUGUUCUCAGGAAAGUUUUUUCAUGUGCACAUUUAUGUUGUUUUAUGAAAGUAAUUUUUUAUGUUAGUAUAUUGAAAGUAAACAGUUUGGUGUAGUGCAAGUAAGCAUUUUUGGUGUUGUGAAGGUUAACAGUUGUGUUGGUUUGAUAAAGAUUAACAGUUGUGUUGGUGUGAUGAAGGUUAACAGUUGUGUUGGUGUGAUGAAGGUUAACAGUUGUGUUGGCGUGAUGAAGGUUAGCAGUUGUGUUGUCGUGAUGAAGGUUAGCAGUUGUGUUGGCGUGAUGAAGGUUAACAGUUGUGUUGGUUUGAUAAAGUUUAACAGUUGUGUUGGCGUGAUGAAGGUUAGCAGUUGUGUUGGCGUGAUGAAGGUUAGCAGUUGUAUUGGUUUGAAGGUUAGCGGUUGUGUUGGUGUGAUGAAGGUUAGCGGUCGUGUUGUCGUGAUGAAGGUUAGCAGUUGUGUUGUCGUGAUGAAGGUUAGCAGUUGUGUUGUCGUGAUGAAGGUUAGCAGUUGUAUUGGUUUGAAGGUUAGCAGUUGUGUUGGUGUGAUGAAGGUUAACAAUUGUGUUGGUAUGAUGGUUAGCAGUUGUUUUGGUGUGAUGGUUAGCAGUUGUUUUGGUGUGAUGGUUAGCAGUUGUUUUGGUGUGAUGGUUAGCAGUUGUUUUGGUGUGAAGGUUAACAGUUGUGUUGGCGUGAUGAAGGUUAGCAGUUGUGUUGGCGUGAUGAAGGUUAGCAGUUGUGUUGUCGUGAUGAAGGUUAGCAGUUGUGUUGUCGUGAUGAAGGUUAGCAGUUGUGUUGUCGUGAUGAAGGUUAGCAGUUGUGUUGGUGUGAUGAAGGUUAACAAUUGUGUUGGUAUGAUGGUUAGCGGUUGUUUUGGUGUGAUGAAGGUUAGCGGUUGUGUUGGUGUGAUGAAGUUUAGCGGUUGUGUUGGUUUGAAGGUUAGCGGUCGUGUUGGUUUGAAGGUUAGCGGUCGUGUUGGUUUGAUGAAGGUUAUCGGUCGUGUUGGUUUGAUGAAGGUUAUCGGUUGUGUUGGUGUUGUGAAAGGUUAGCGGCUGUGUUUGUGUGAUGACAGUUAGCGGUUGUGUUGGUUUGAUGAAGGUUAUCAGUUGUGUUGGUAUUGUGAAAGGUUAGCGGCUGUGUUUGUGUGAUGACGGUUAGCGGUUGUGUUGGUUUGAUGAAGGUUAUCAGUUUUAGUGUUUUGAAAGUAAUUGAUUGUUUGAGUGUGGUGAAUGUAAAAAGGUAUUUCUAGUAGUAGUAGUGAAACUAAAUGUGUUAGUAUGUUGUUUGUAUAAACACCUGUUUAUUUGUCACACAUCAGCUACUUAUGGUUGUCAAUCUCUAUGCCUGGACCAGUUAGGUUGAAUUUAUUUAAAACUGAAAUUCUCUACUGGUUUCUAUAUGGAUUUUGUUACCAACAUCAGCUUAUAUCUUUUCAAUUUAAGUAAUCAUUUAAUAUUGUCUGUUAUAUUUCACAUAUAACAAUAAGUAGAUUAAUUUCACAGAGAAUUAAAAGUACUUCUGACAUAUGAUAACAGCUUACUUCUGUACAUUACGUACUAUGUUAAAUAAAUGUAAUCUGAGCCUAUCC